GUGUUUUGAUUCCGUAGGAUGCCGUCGAGCUGCAAUUGGCCCGGCGGGAGCUUCCGAUUUUGGUCGUCGGUGCGCAUUUCGAGGGAGAGUGAGGAUUGUUCCCGAGUUCGGAGUUUCUGGUUCGUGAAUUGAAGGGGGAGGGGAAAACUUUGCUCGGUAGUUCGUUAUCUGUUUCUUCGAUUUCAGUGAGCGAAGUCUUGGGAUGAGGCGAGAGGUUUGGUGUCGUCGGCUUAAUUCGGUGGCGCGAGGUGCGCGAGGUGCAAUAUACGGUUGUUCUACUGCCGGACGGGGUCGUGCGUGAGUCGAGCUCUGCAAUCGUAGUUCCUCUUGUUCGCUCUUUGCGUAGCGGAGCGAUUAGCUGCUUCGAGUUGGAUUUCUUCUGGUUCAUGCAAGGAUAGAGGUCCUCACUCUGUGUCUGAAGCUUUUGGAGGUUUUUUGUUGUGUUGAUGGGUCCAUAGUUUGACGAGUCCGUGAGUGGCUGGAGCUGAUCAGAGUUUGACGGGUGGGAAUAUGAUCGUCAGAGAUGAGCUCCACUUAUGGGAAAGAAGUUUACAUUUGAUGGUUAAUCCAAAGAGUCCACAAUCCAUCCGAAUCUGUGCUUGGUGAUCCUUUUGUAUAAAUUUUACCUGUUAAAUCUUUGUGGUUGGUUCAUCUAUGCCUGGGAACGGAGUUGGAGACAGGGAUAACCAUUUUUUUGGCCAAGAAAGCUUAUCCCAAGGUCACAGUCGCUUGGAUGUUGUUGACCGGAGCUGGCCUGGCUUAGGCAAUAAUUUGUUGCUUGGGAGUCAAAGACAAAGUGGAUUUCCUUUUGUUCCUGACCUAAAGAACUACAGUGUGCAGCAAUCAGAUAUUGAUGCACGGCAUGGAAGUCCUUUCCAUGUGCCACAUGGCUUGAGCUUUGCGCAAACAAAUAUGCAGCCUGAAUUAUCUGGAAACCAGUUCCACAGCCUACAAACAUCGUUAAAUGGUUAUAUACAAGGGCAUCAAUUCUUUCCAGCUGUCCAGAAUGAAGCAAAUUUUUUGGGCAUGGGUGCUGAAUCAGAUCAGCAUAAUUUGGGAUCUAGAGGCUUUUCUCUUCUUGAUUCACAGCGGAUGAGAGGCAUGGAGCUUCAUAAACGCGAUCCUGUAAAGUCACUAAAUGCUGAAGCUCCUGGCAGUUUCCAUUUUUCAAGCCGUCAAGAACAAAUGGGUGGUCAGCAUCCCUCAGCUAUGCAAUCUUUUCAUGGGCAACAGAACAGUAUCAGUGAAAUGCAGCUGCAGCAACAGUUGAUGCUUAAGCAAUUACAAGGUGUUCAAAGGCAGAUGCUACAGCAACAAGAAAAUUGGAAAAAGAGUUCCGCAGGUCAAUUGUCAGUGAGGGCAAAACCGGCCUUGACAAGCCAUCCGUCCAUGCAACUUAAUGGUAUUCCUGUAAAUGAUGCGUCUAGCUACUCAUGGCAAUCUGGGCUCACAGAAAAUACCAGUUGGGUGCCACGUGGUGCCUCUCCUAUUCUGCAGGGAUCCUCUGGUGGUGUUGUCCUUUCUCCUGAACAAGUUCAGGGGUCUCACGUGAUGGGAUUGGUACCCCAACAGGUUGACCAAUCUAUUUAUGAGGUUUCUCACUCCGGGUCCAAAGACAAUCUGAGUCAAAUCUCUCAAAUGGAAAUCGAUGACAUGGCAAUGCAGCAGAUAGCUUCUAACGCACAUUCAUUUCCAGGUAGCCUAUACUCAUCAUUACCAGAUCAGGGUAGUAUCCAGGAUGGACAUUUGGUUUCUAAGCAGUUUGAGGAUGUAGGUCAUGGCUUAAGUAGUGGGUUUAACUUAGGUAACUCUCAGCAAGUGAACUCCCCACAAGGGAAUGUAUCGUUAGAGGAGUUUGAUGGCAGCCAAGAGUUUGCUCAUUUAUCAGAAGCACCUCAAGGAAAAACGUCAUCAUCAGUUGCGUCUUCACAGAGUGUUGGUACAUUAGAUCCAACUGAAGAGAGGAUUUUGUUUGGUGCUGAUGACAAUGUUUGGGGUGCCUUCGGUGGAGCAACCAAUUUAGUUGCAGGAAACUAUGGUACGUGUGAUGGUACAGGAUCUCUCUCUGGAUUCCCUUCUGUGCAAAGUGGCAGUUGGAGUGCACUUAUGCAAUCUGCAUUGGCAGAAACUUCUAGUGAUAAUCAAAUAGUUCAGGAAGAGUGGAGUGGUCUCAGUGUUCAGAGUGCUCAACCUUCAAUUAGUAAUCAGAAGCCUCUUUCAGAGAAUGAAAGCGCCAGACAACAAUUAGCUUGGGGUGAUGACUUGUUAAGUUCGAGAUCUGGGUUGUUGGCUGAUAAUGUCAUGAAGAGUGGUGGUUUCGCUAGUGUUUCAGGUUUUCAGCAAUCAGAUCUAAGGGCCCUUCAUGGACAAAGUGAGAAUGUGAAAACUGCUUCUUCUGGGAGAUCUGAGAUUCUGCAAGCUGAUUCUCCAAGAACUAUUCAUGACUUUUCAGAUGGAAACAGGUGGUUAGAGCGGGGCCGUCUGCAAAGGAAUUCUUCAGAAGGUAGUCAAAUUUGUGGAAAUAUUGCUAACUCUUCAGAUGCUGAAGAAAAGAGAAUAAUGGGCGGAUCUUGGACUGUUCAACAGAGCAUGUCUUCAUCAAUUCCUGGGGAUCAGCAGAAUAACAGAACAAGUGGCUGGAAUGUGAUCGAGUCCGUUAUGCCUGGUGACCAUGCAGCUUCUAAUAAUUAUAGUAGGAACGCAAUUCUAUCUUUUCAGAAUGUCGGUCAUAACAGGAGCUUACAUGAACAAGUUGGUCAUGAAGUUGGUGUUUCUAAUGCUGACUCAGCUCUCACUGAUGGAUUAGAGCAUGCCAAGUUGAUUGAUAGGCAAAACUCCACUUUAAGUAAUGCUGCUUUAUCAACUUUGACCAUCAGAAGAUCCCAGGGAGAAAGUAUUCAACCGCUUCCAAAGAGUCAUGGUUUUGAUUUCUGGAGGCCUGUUGAUUCUUCGAUGAACACCAAAGAAAGUGAGGUUCAGGGGAGGAAUUGCAACAAUAUGGACAGAAGUGUUCAAACAAUGCAAUCAUUGGGAAUUAACAGAGUGUAUGAGAGAGAAAACUCAAAUGGGAAGGAGAAUUUAGCUAGUGGAUUUCAUUUGAAUGCAUCCCUUCAUAGGUCCACUGGUAUCUUUCGAGAACAUGAGUGGUCAAAUGCUGAUGCGUUUGGAAAUCUGAGAGAGAGCAGACAAAUUCCAUUUGGUCAGGGUGCUCAGAAGCCUACUGGUAUUCAUAAGUUCCAGUACCAUCCUAUGGGUAAUCUGAAUGCAGACGUGGAAUCCCCUUACGGAGCCAAUCACAUUUCACUUAAUAGAGCUAUGCCUCAGCAGGUCUCCGGAGCAAUUAGAAGCCCUGGUCAAGGGCAUAUUGCCAGUUCAAAUGUUAUUGUUCAGACUUAUAAGAGCAAUGCAGGAAUGGAAAAGGUUGGUUUGAAAGACACAGAGGCAACUCUACCAGGAAUACUGGCUUCAUCUAAUAAUAUAUUCUCUCUUGGAAGAUCUCUUGUUUCAUCACCUUUGAAUGAAAAUGCUCAGUCAAGUCAAAAGAUGCCCGAGCAUCUUCACAAGUUGGAUCAAUCAAGGGAGCAUGGUGCUGCAUCAAAUUUGAGCUCAUCUGACCUGAACGAAACAAAUGAAGCAGAAAAUUCUGAUGGAUCAAUUAGUCAUGUACAGCGAAAUCAAUAUCCCCAAACAGCAUCCUCAUGGUUCGAGCAAUACAGAACCCCAAAAAACGGUCAGGUCUUGCAAGUGUAUGAGGCAAGGCAGAUGGCUAAUGUAAAGGCUUUGCAACAGCCAGUUAUUGCUCAAAAGCCUGCUGAUGGUCUGCAACAUCCCCAUUUAGUGGGUCAAGCUCAUUCUGCCUUUCUUGCUGGUCCACUUAGUAACAUCUGCGGUAGCACAACUCCAGCUGGUGAACACAUGUCUUUGCAUCAUUCAUUACCUCCAGAUGCUAUGGAUCCAAAGUUGCUUGUGAAACCGAAGAAACGUAAAAGUACCAUUUCUGGACCUCUGGCUUGGCAUAAGGAAGUAGCGGAGGGCGCUAUAAGUCUUCAUGAACCAAGUAUGGCAGAAGAAGAAUGGGCUACAGCUACCAAUAUGCUGGUUGAGAAGGUUGACUGUGAAAGUGACCUGAAUGAACAUGUUCUGCCAGCCCAUAGACCCAAACGAAGACUGUUAUCGACUACACAACUGAUGCAACUGCUUUUUCAGCCUCCGCCUGCAGCACUGCUCACUGCAGAUUCUAGUUCUCAUUACAAGGAUAUUGCUUAUUCUGUUGGUAGGCUAACACUCGGGAACACAUGCAGCAUUAUCUCUUGCCCAAACAGUGAGAAAACCCUGUCUGGAAUGCCCGAAGUAUUGGAGAGGACUGAUGACAGCUCUUUUUCAAAGUCUGUUGACGAGUUGGUGGGUAGGAUAAAGAACCUGGAGACUGAAUUGUCAAGAUUGGGCAAGAGCUUUUCGAUCGUUGACCUGAAGGUGGAAUGCCAAGAUCUGGAGAGGUUCUCUGUCAUCAAUCGUUUUGCCAAGUUUCACUGCCGGGGACAGGCCACCAAUGGAACUGGGACCUCGUCUUCCGACGGUGGUGCUGGCGCUCAGAAAGCCUACCUUCAGAGAUAUGUCACUGCGCUUCCGAUGCCUAAAAAUCUCCCCGACAGAGUACAGUGUCUCUCACUUUGAUCCAUAACCAGCGGAGUGUUCACAUUUUGUUGGUCAAUGCGCGGUGUCCUUUGCUUUCUGACAAAUCCUACGAGGGCAGUGGCAAGGACUAGAUAGAAUCACAAGAACGAAUAUUAGGGCCAGUCUUGUAAAGUUAAUCCUAGGCAUUUUAGAUAAAUAGUGUUCAUGCGUGCUGCCGGCUUGCUUUUCAUCGCCUAACCACCUUCCUGAUUGGCGAAAAACUUAUAUUAUAUGAUAACUGACCUUAGAACCAUUGCGGUCAGAAUCAAUGUUAAUACAAGGGUCAUUCAAAGACA